GGGCGCCUGGAUGCAGGGCGGGCUUCGGAACCAGGUCCCAGACCUCGGGGGUCUCCGCGUUUAAGGUUGCGGUGCGGUCGGGGCCUGCCGGUGACGUCACAAGGGCAGGCAGGCUGUCCGGCGGGAAGUGGCGCAGCGGGGCCUUAAGGUUGCGCGGGGGCGUGGCCUGCGAGGCGGGGCUGACUGCGGACUUCGCGCUGAGCGCGCUCCUCCCCUUUAAGGCGCGGGCCGGAUGACGGCCGCUCCUUUAAGGCGCGGCCCGCGGCGGAGGCGGUUUAAAGGCGACGCGUGGCGCGAUGGCGGCGGCCCCACGCACAAGUCGGCGGCGCGGGCGGCCGCUCUCCGGGCCGCUGCCGCUGCUGCUGCCGCUUCUGCUGCUGCUGGCGCCGUCCCCGGGGCCCCCGCCGGGCGCCGCCGCCUACUUCCCCGAGGAGCGCUGGAGCCCCGAGUCCCCGCUGCAGGCUCCGCGCGUGCUCGUCGCGCUGCUGGCGCGCAACGCGGCCCACGCGCUGCCCGCCACGCUGGGGGCCCUGGAGCGGCUGCGCCACCCGCGCGAGCGCACGGCGCUGUGGGUGGCCACGGACCACAACGCGGACAACACCUCUGCCGUGCUGCGGGAGUGGCUGGUGGCCGUGAAGGGCCUGUACCAUUCCGUGGAGUGGCGGCCGGCGGAAGAGCCCAGGUCCUACCCCGACGAGGAGGGCCCCAAGCACUGGUCCGACGCCCGCUAUGAGCAUGUCAUGAAACUCCGCCAGGCCGCCCUGAAGGCAGCACGGGACAUGUGGGCGGACUACAUCCUGUUUGUGGAUGCCGACAACCUCCUGCUGAACCCUGACACGCUGAGCCUGCUCAUCGCGGAGAACCGGACGGUGGUGGCGCCCAUGCUGGACUCGCGGGCGGCCUACUCCAACUUCUGGUGCGGCAUGACGCCCCAGGGCUACUACAGGCGCACGCCGGCCUACAUCCCCAUCCGCAAGCGGGAGCGCCAGGGCUGCUUCGCCGUCCCCAUGGUGCAUUCCACCUUCCUGCUGGACCUGCGCAAGGCGGCGUCCCGGAGCCUGGCCUUCUACCCACCCCACCCCGACUACACGUGGGCCUUCGACGACAUCAUCGUCUUCGCCUUCUCCUGCAAGCAGGCCGGGGUGCAGAUGUACGUGUGCAACAAGCAGGUGUAUGGCUUCCUGCCGGUGCCGCUGCGGGUGCACAGCUCGCUGCAGGAUGAGGCCGAGAGCUUCCUGCACGUCCAGCUGGAGGUGAUGGUGAAGCAUCCGCCCGUGGAGACCUCGCGCUUCAUCCCAGCACCCACCAGGACUCCCGACAAGAUGGGCUUCGACGAGGUCUUCCUGAUCAACCUGAGGCGGCGCCAGGACCGGCGGGCGCGCAUGCUGCGGGCGCUGCGGGAGCAGGGGAUCGUGGCCCGGCUGGUAGAGGCCGUGGAUGGCAAGGCCAUGAACAGCAGCCAGGUGGAGGCGCUGGGCGUCCAGAUGCUGCCUGGCUACCGGGACCCCUACCACGGCCGGCCGCUCACCAAGGGCGAGCUGGGCUGCUUCCUGAGCCACUUCCGCAUCUGGACGGAGAUCGUGGACCGGGGGCUGCAGAAGUCGCUGGUGUUCGAGGAUGACCUGCGCUUUGAGGUCUUCUUCAAGAGGCGCUUGAUGAAUCUCAUGCAGGACGUGGAGCAGGAGGGCCUGGACUGGGACCUCAUCUACGUGGGCCGGAAGCGGAUGCAGGUGGAGCACCCCGAGAAGGCCGUGCCCCGCGUGCGGAACCUGGUGGAGGCCGACUACUCCUACUGGACGUUGGCCUACGCGAUGUCCCUGCAAGGCGCCCGCAAGCUGCUGGCGGCCGAGCCACUGGCCAAGAUGCUGCCGGUCGACGAGUUCCUGCCGGUCAUGUUCGACAAGCACCCGGUCUCCGAAUACAGGGCGCACUUCUCGCCCCGGGACCUGCGCGCCUUCUCCGUGGAGCCCCUGCUCAUCUACCCCACGCACUACACGGGGGACGACGGCUACGUGAGCGACACGGAGACCUCAGUGGUGUGGAACAACGAGCGCGUGAAGACGGACUGGGACCGCGCCAAGUCCCAGAAGAUGCGGCGGCAGCAGGCGCUGAGCCGCGAGGCCGAGAACGCGGACGUGCUGCAGUCCCCGCUGGACAGCGCCGCGCGGGACGAGCUCUGAGCCCUCCGCACCCAGAGCUCGUGCUGGUCGGGCUCGCGGUCAGGCACCGGGGACGCUCAGUUGUCUUCAGAGCCCACGUAUGUAUUGGGGGCUUUGGGGCCGCCCUUCUGGGUUCUGCGGAUGGAGCCCGCGCUUCCGUGUGCUCCUGAGACAGCUCCAGCACCCGCCCCUGCCGUGCGCCGGUGCCCACGCGGGGAGACUCCCAACUCGAGGCGUCUGGAGGGAGCCGCUGCGUGUCGGGGCCGGCUCAGGUGAGGCCUCUGCCCAGUGGGGCCUUGGGAGGCUGGGCCACGCUGGGUGCUGUCCCCGCCUGGGGUCCCCGCAGGCAGAUGGGACGUCAGAGCCUUCGAGGCCCCAUGCCCGGACUGCUGGAGCCUGGAUGACUUGCUGUAGGGAACAGGGGAAGGGGACGUUACCAGAACCUGUGCAGUGAGUCCUAGUCUCCUGCGAGCCACGGCAGCACACGGCAAAUUACAGGAAAGGUAAGAAAAUGAGACUGAGAAGCUGAGCCUUGGGUGUGAUCAGUGCUGCUCUGGGCGGCAAAGACAAGAAGCCCCCCUAGCUUGCAGCACCUUUUAUUCAGUACUCAGUACAUUGGGAGAAACAAAUGUAACAAGUGAAAUAUAGAGUUCAGUACCUCACAUUGGGAUAAACAAGGGGUAACAAAAGGCUGGGGGCCAUGGAAAUCUAAGAGAUGAAGAUUUGCUUCCUCCCUGGCAUCUCCCGCAGGUGAUUACAGCAUCCGGGGAUCACUGAGGUCCCAGCUGUGGCCAGAGGCCAAAAUGCAAUUAUGUCUGGAAUGUCCUAGCUGGGCUGUAGGCAGGAGAGCUAGGCCUACUCGAGUGAUUUUUCCCUAAAAUUAUGUAGCAUUGCUCCCGACAUAUCUCCCUUUUGGUUUUAUGGGAAGGUGUUUUUAGGAAAAGUGAGCACAUCCAACAAUAGCUUGACCCUAUAUAUUGUGAGGGUCUAUAGUGUUUGACUGGCUUAGCUGUCUAUAAGCAUAAUUUCUAUUAAUUGGGGCUGUAAAAGGAUGAAAAAAUCAAAUAAUAAAUUAAUUUUUUUAAAACAGUGUUGGCUAAAAAAACCCUUAAAACUUUUGCUGAACUCAAAUAGCUAUUGUCUUAUAUAGUUAUAUUUUUCUACUGGAUGUUCAAGACCAAGUUACAGUGAGAUCUAUAUUAAAUAAAGUCAAUCUCUUGUUAUCUAACAAGGUCAAUUAAGUCUCCACAGGCACUGUCUUGGAACCAUGCAUAGAGCCUCUUAGCUCUUCUGUCAGGGUCAGCCAUCAGGAUAUGUCAUGGCCUUGCUUGACCAUGUUGCUUCCUGUGAAAGCAUGGGAGAUUUUUUCCUCCAGGUGACAUUCCUUUGGCACACUUUUUGUUGGAUCUUUACUGUUUUGGUUUUCAGCAACCUCCCUGGCUCAGGAGUUUGGGUGACUCACCAAAAAUGCAGGAUCUUGGAGAUGGUUCCCUCAUGUCCUGGAUCUUAUUGUUGUAGUUGACCUUGGAGGGCCAGGGCCAAAAUAUUGGCUGCCUUUUUAGCCCAGAUACCUCUUCAGUUUUGGUCUCUAAACUUUGGUUGUUGAACACCCAGAAGAGAAGAUCAAUAACGUUAGCAUUGUAAGAGGAGUAGUGAACUCAACUAUUAUAAUUUUACCUGGAUAAGCAUUUUGGAAUAAAAAUAUAGUUAAACUGUUAUUAUUGCCAAUGAUAGUUGGUGUUGUGGCUGGAUCCCUGAGUAGCUAUCUUUUUAUAGGACGUCAUCUAAGGAAAAUAAAUCAGCAUACAA